AUGCACCAGUGGCCCGGUUUUGAAUCCCAAGUGUUUGCGGCAUUGAGCUCGUUGACCUUUUCGGCCGAUAUCAGCCUGACGGACGAAGCGGAAGGCGAUCGAUAUUUUGUUGGGAGCGAGUUGAGAUUGACCACUCGAUUUGUCCGUCACGUGUGCGAUCCAGUCGCCAAAGCCCUCUCAGUUUCGAACAUGCCGCUUCCAUUUGGUGAUUUCCGGGCGAUUCAUCCAUACCACUUCAGUGUUCCCGAACUGACUCUGACAAUGUGCCAGGUUGUCUCGUACAUGCGAUUGUCAAAGCUUCGUUACGGGUUUAUAUCUACCUUCGAGCCCACUGUGUUUAUCAAAAGAGACCAGAAUUAUGCCUUUCACCUCUCUAUGCCUACUAGCAAGGAUGCCUCAACUACAUCCCCGAGGGAAUGCUUUGCGGGCUUCGCAUUUAUUGCUGCCCAUAACCCAAAUAACGAAGAGAAAGUGGGAAUCGAUUUAAGACUGCUCCACUCCCGAAUUGAACCUUUUUUCAACGCUUCUCAGCCACCUUCAGCAUAUCGGAGCAGGGUCGGCGACUCGACCAAGUCACUUAUAAACAUCCGCGGCCUCACAGAAGACACGAUCAUUUUUGGUGACAAUGGGGUGGCAACUGGCUUUGUUACGUGCACAACCCGGCUUUCAACCUCUACUUUGCGGCGGCAGGGGAAUGCCGUGUACGAAGUUCAAUCUGGCCAUUUCCGGUAUGUCGCAAAAUGCUGGUCUCGCAAUCAUGAAAUGAGGUAUGCCGCGUCCGUUAUCCGAGGCUUUUGGGAUACUGAUAGGAGGUUUGCAAAAAAUAGUUUGCAGUAUACCAACGGCUCGACCAGCUUCGAGCGGACGAAUCCGGGCUUUUCCUUCGGAUUUGGAGAGCAGCUGUUCGUGUUAUGGAAGAGCCUGCCUGACAUCUGCCGAGAAAUCCCACAUCUACAGCGAGUGCUCAAGGGCGAUCCGAAUCCUACAAUCCCUCUCUAUUCACCUAGUGGAUCCUGGCAAGCACAACGUGAUGUACGAUCGGGAGACGCGGGCGGUGACUUUGGUGGACUUUCAGGCAGUUGA